AUGGAGAAACCUAGCCAGGAGGAUAUUCUUGCCAGAUCUGCCGCUGGGGCGACGCUCCUCAUUUUCGGUAGCCUCUUCACCAAGAUCCUCACGUUUGUGAUGAACAACGUGUUGUUCUGGUACAUUUCGCCGACCGCGUUCGGGAUCCACAUUCUCUUCGAGUUCACCGUCUCCUCGGCGCUCUACUACAGUCGUGAGGGCGCACGUCUCGCAUGCCAGCGUGUCAGUGUCAAAGACAAGACAGACAAGCUCGGAGGCCUCUCGGCGCACACCUCCGCGGUCCAGUCGAUCAUCAACUUCGGGUUCAUUCCGAUCAUGAUGGGGGUGCCGAUCACAUGGGCGUUUUUCACGCUCCAGCAUAAGUCGAUUGCGCUUGAGGCAAAGAACUUGGGCUGGUACCACUUGUGUGUCAAACUCAACGCGAUGGCGAUCAUGGUGGAACUUUUGGGCGAGCCGUGCUACUUGGUGAAUCAAUUUCGCCUCAACUUCAAGAAGCGUGCGCAGUACGAAAGCUUGGCGGUUGUGGCCAAGUGCGUAGUGACAUUUGUCGCGGUGUUCUACUGGCACGAGGGCGACGGCGAUGAGAACGACAACUUGGCGAUUCUCGCCUUCAGUGCCGGCCAGUUAGUGUACUCCACGGUCCUCACCGUGCUAUACGUCCGGGAUUUUACGCGCAAGAGCUCGCCCUUCCGGUUUCUCCCUACGAAGAUCACCGGCAAAGGCUCGUACUAUUUCGACUCCGGCAUCUUCAACCACUGGCUCAGUAUCUUUGGCCAGAUCGUGUUCAAGCACUUUCUCACCGAAGGCGACAAGCUUAUCACAAACCUCUUCUGCACCUUAUCUCAGCAGGGCGUGUACAACCUCGUUAACAAUUACGGCUCGUUACUUGCACGGUUGCUCCUAGCGCCGGUUGAGGAGAGUUUCCGCUUGUACCUCACCCGAACCCUCUCCCACUCGCACGGGUCGUCGCUCAGCAAUAUCCAGCAAGCCCACCGCGUGCUUCAGCUUUUGCUCAAGGCGUACACAUACUUCCUGGUGCUCGUCUGUCUCGCAGGCUUCAGUAACUCGUCCUUCUUGCUCGGCUUGGUGACAGGCAAGCAGUGGCAGGCGUCCGAGGCUGCGGACUUGCUUCCGUACUACCUCUGCUACGUGCCGUUCCUUGCGUUUAACGGGAUACUCGAGGCCACGUUCACGUCCGUCGCGAACCCCCAGGGCAUCGCACACCACUCGGUCUGCAUGGGCGUUUUUUCCGUGGCCUUCUUUGCCAUGUGCUACGUCUUUGUCCAGCAGUGCGCGAUGGGUUUGUACGGCUUUAUCCUCGCGAACGUGGCCAACAUGCUGCUCCGCAUCGCCUACUGCGUGUGGUACGAGCGCCGCUACUUCCGCAAAUUUGAGAUAGAGAUGAUACCACGCUUCAGCGCCAAGAUGGCCAACGGGGUGUUUGCCAGUGUUGUUGCUGUACUCUGCCAGUGGUUCCUCGGUGUCAGCACGAGCGUUUUCGGCGUGGCAAAGUCUGCGGUCUUAUGUGCAAUCUUGGCGGGGUACAUGGCGUUCUUGGAGCGCGAGUUGGUGGCAGAGGUGGUUACGCCAUUGGUACGGGGAAGAAGAAAAGGGAAUUAG